AUGACAUCGAAUAUUUUGGAUGUAUAUGGGAAGGGAACGACAGUAUGGUUUCCCGAUGAAAGAGAAGGUUGGAUAAGCGGCCAAUUGGCCUCAAAGAAUGAAACUGGCGGUAAUAUUACAUUGACUUUCGUGACCGAUAACGGGAAGGAUGUUGUUAUUACGACCACCAUUGAUAAACUUAAACAAUCAAAUUAUGCCGAAUUACCUCCUCUGCGUAAUCCUCCCGCGCUCGAGGCAGCGGAUGAUCUAACAAGCUUGAGUCAUCUUAAUGAACCAGCAGUCCUGAUUGCUACAAAUCCAUUCUCCCCUAUUUCUUUAUAUUCUCAAGAUAUUAUCAACGCAUAUAGUGGAAAACGUCGUGGUGAAUUAGAGCCACAUCUUUUUGCCAUUGCGGAAGACGCUUAUCGACGCAUGAUUCGGGAAGAAAAAAAUCAAACUAUUGUCGUUUCAGGAGAAAGUGGUGCUGGUAAAACUGCUAGUGCCAAAUUUAUAAUGCGAUAUCUCGCGUCAGUUGAUGAUAAAGAAAAAAUACAGGAUGCAAAGAAACAGGUUACCUCUGCAUCGGGCAUGAGCAGAGUUGAAAAACAAAUAAUGGCCACCAAUCCUAUUAUGGAAUCUUUUGGUAAUGCAAAAACGACAAGAAAUGACAAUAGUUCUCGAUUCGGAAAAUACCUCGAGAUUCAAUUCGACAAGUAUCAAAACAUUAUUGGCGCCAAAAUUAGGACUUACCUGCUGGAACGUUCGAGAUUAGUUUAUCAACCUGAGAGUGAGAGGAAUUAUCAUAUUUUUUAUCAGCUUUGUGCUGGAGCACCUCCUUCAGAAAAAAAAAACCUUGAUCUUCACGAUGACUAUCGUAAAUUUCAUUACCUACGACAAGGGGGCAUCGGCACAAUACCUGGUGUUGAUGAUGCUCAAGAAUUUGAGGACACAAAAAAAGGUCUAUCCACAGUAGGAAUUACUAUUCAGACGCAAUGGCAGGUUUUUAGACUUUGUGCGGCCCUCUUGCACAUUGGUAAUAUUCAAAUUACAGCAAGUCGGAAUGUCGCGGCGGUUUCGGAAGAUGAUGCGUCCUUAAAAAUCGCAACAAAUUUACUUGGAAUAAAAUUGCUUGAAUUUAAAAAGUGGAUAGUAAAAAAACAACUUGUUACUAGAACUGAAAAGAUUGUUACAGAUUUAAAUCUUCAAGCCGCUAUAGUCGUCAGAGACUCUGUUGCAAAGUAUAUUUAUGCGAACUUAUUCGAUUGGCUGGUCAGCGUUAUCAACGAGAGUUUGUCCAGUGAAGAGAUUAAUCAAAAUACAAAGAGUUUCAUUGGUGUUCUUGAUAUCUACGGAUUUGAGCAUUUCAAAAAGAAUUCCUUCGAACAAUUUUGUAUUAACUAUGCAAACGAAAAAUUACAACAGCAGGCAUUUCAACCAACACGUCUUCAAGAAUACGUGCGUGAGAAAAUUAAUUGGACGUUCAUUGAAUUCAGUGAUAAUCAGCCAUGUAUCGAUUUGAUCGAAGGCAAAAUAGGAAUCCUUUCUCUUUUGGACGAGGAAAGUCGUUUGCCAGGCGGUAGUGAUGAAUCAUUGUGCAAUAAACUCUAUCAAAAUUUUAAGAAUCCGCCGCAUAACAAAUACUUUCAAAAACCGAAAUUUUCGAACGUUGCAUUUACUAUCAAUCAUUACGCCAAUGCGGUUACUUAUGAAAUUGAGAAUUUCUUGGAAAAAAACAGAGAUACCGUGCCUGAUGAACAUUUAACCUUGUUGAGAAGUACCGAGUUUGAAUUUUUGGAUGAGGUCAUGAAUAAAAGUGUUCCCGCAGCGUCACCCACAACAAAGACCGAAACGAAACGCAUUAGCAUGUCCUCAAAAAAACCCACAUUAGGUUCAAUCUUCAAGGGUUCUUUAAUUAGUCUAAUGGAAACCAUCAAUUCGACCAAUGUUCAUUACAUUCGAUGUAUCAAACCGAAUGAAGCGAAAGUCGCAUGGAAAUUUGAACCUCAAAUGGUCCUUAGUCAACUUCGUGCUUGUGGUGUUUUGGAGACCAUCAGAAUAAGCUGUGUUGGUUAUCCAUCUCGUAGGACUUUUGACGAAUUCGCUCAAAGGUAUAGAUCAAGUAUUACAUGCUUGUUCGGUCAACAGAAUGGGGACCGGAUACUAGAAAAUUGUGUGGUUCCAUCCUGGAAGCAUCGAUCAAACUUCCCGAUAAAUUCCAGAUCGGAAUUACCAAACUUUUCUUCCGCGCUGGCAUGGCAUGUUGCAUAUCUGGAAAAGCUUCGUCUCGAUAGAUUGAAUGAAUGUGUGACUUUAAUGCAAAAAAAUAUGCUUCGUCAUAUGCAUCAGAAGAGAUACGAAAUGUUAAAAGCAACCACUGUAAAAUUACAAUCUUUGAUUCGAAGAGGUAUAUCUAUGCGAGAGCUUAAACGACUUCGUGAAGAAAGGGCCGCUAUCGUAAUUCAGAAAAACUGGAAGAGAUAUAUUUAUCAGAAACGUUACUUACGUGCAACCAAAACCGUUCACAAGCUGCAAGUUGUUGCUCGCUGUGUUAUUGCAAAGAACAAAUUCAAUACACUUCGGAGAAAUGCAUCUGCGACCAAGAUUCAAGCGGUAUAUCGUGGAUCGGUGUGUCGUCGCGAGUACAAGAGAACCUUAAGGCUUAUUGUAUUUAUGCAAUCAUGCCUUCGUCGUCGCAUGGCAAGAGCUGAACUCAAGAAACUUAAGAUCGAAGCUCGCUCGGCUAGUCACUUUAAAGAAAUGUCAUCUAAACUUACAAAUAAGGUUAUUGAGCUUACUCAAAGUUUGGAGCAAAAGAAUCAGGAAAAUAAGUCUCUAGAAACAAAGAUAUCAUCUUUAGAAAGACAAGUCAAAUCCUGGGUUGAAAAGUAUGAGAAAUUAGAGACUGAUAGCAAAAGCUUCAAGGAGGAAACUACACAGGCGACUAUUUCCAUUGACGAGUUUAAAUCCAUACAAUCAGAAAAGGAAGUUCUUGAAUCUCGCUAUCGUACUUCCCUCGAAAAUAUCAAGAAGCAAGAUACUGAGAUCAAACGCCUUACGGAUGAAAUUAGUAAUAAGGAUGAUGAGGUUUCUAGACUUCGCGCAAGUGCUGACAAAUGGAAGGGCGCUGAGGAUCCGGCUACUGUUCUUGCGCUGAAGCAAGAGAUCACCUCGCUUAGAGAACAAUUGAGUAAAGUUAAAAGUGGCGCAACUAACGCCACGCCGCCAAGUUCACACCGCCAAGAAAAUGGAUUUUUGACAGCAGCUGCUACCACCUCAUCUUCUCUUAAACCACCUCAGAAACGAAGACCCCGAAGGCACAGUUCUGCCGAUUCCUUGGUACCGAAUGAAAUUAAACGUAAACCCAAGAUGUUGAUUGAUUCAUCCGAGACAAAGUUAAAGUCUGGAUUAAGGCCGGCAUCAGCAUCCUAUACUCAAAUGACUGUUCCAAAGAUAAGGUCUCCAGGAGGACGAGUCUUAAGUGGGAUAGAUGAUGACCCCGAAGAGGAGAUAAUGAAACUACUUGAGGAUGAAGAAACCUUGGAUGAUGAAGUUAUUAAUGGUUUAAUUAAAUCAUUGAAGAUACCACUUCCAAGCUUGCAAAAUCCCCCAUCUACCAAAGAGAUAUUAUUCCCCUCCCGACUAAUCAGUCUUUUGGCAAAGCAAAUGUGGAAAUUUGGUUUCAUAAAAGAAUCAGAAAGGUUGUUUGCAAAUGUCAUGAAAACUAUUCAAGAGCAUGUUAUGGAAUGCGAAGGAGAUGAGGCUAUUCUUCCCGGAGCAUAUUGGCUUUCUAAUGUUCACGAGCUGUUAUCGUUCGCCAAUGCUGCCGAGAAAGAUAUGCUUCAUGGAUUAAACCCGGCCAACUCCAAUGGUAAAAACUUCGAAUGGCAUGAUUACGAAAGGCUUGUGUCCAUUGUAAAACAUGACUUGGAAAGUUUAGAGUACAAUGUAUACCAUACUUGGAUGAAAGAACUCAAAAAGAGAUUAUUCAAGAUGGUUAUUCCCGCUGUGGUCGAAAGCCAAUCGUUGCCUGGUUUUGUAACUAGUGAAAACAAUCGGUUCAUCACAAAAUUUAUAACCGGCCCCGCAAGCCCUGCAUUCAAUAUGGAUGAUCUUUUAAACUUUUUGAAUAAAGUGUGGAAGGCUAUGAAGUCAUAUUACGUCGAAAUGUCUGUUAUUCAACAAGUGGUCACAGAACUACUAAAACUCAUUGGCGUUACAUCCUUCAACGAUUUGCUGAUGAGACGUAAUUUCUGUUCUUGGAAACGAGCAAUGCAGAUUCAAUAUAACAUUACAAGAAUAGAGGAAUGGUGCAAAAGUCACGAAAUGCCUGAAGGAACACUUCAAUUAGAACACUUGAUGCAAGCCACGAAACUUCUGCAACUCAAGAAGUCGUCGCUAGGAGAUAUUGAGAUCAUUUACGAUGUCUGUUGGAUGCUGUCCCCAACUCAGAUCCAAAAACUUAUAAGCCAUUACUUCGUUGCGGAUUACGAGAAUCCAAUCAGUCCUGAAAUUUUAAAGGCAGUUGCGCAUCGGGUCGUUGAUAAAUCAGACAUUUUAUUACUUGAUACAACACCUUUAGAGGAUUCUGGCCCGUUUGAGGUUCCCCUCCCGCGCGAAGUGCAUCCCCCAGAGAGCUAUGUUCCAUCUUGGUUGAAUUUGCCACACAUAAAGCGAGUUGCUGUUCUCUCAAAUUAA